CACAGCAAACACUGGGGGUUGUUCUAAAAGCAAGAUGGCAAGAUGCAUAUAUAUGACCUGUCAUAGGUCAAAUGCUUCAUUCAGAGUUCAGACACACUCAACCUGCAUAGCUCAUCCUACUCUCUUAACUCUCAAUCUCUCCCAGCUUCUUCAAAAUUUCCUGCGAGACAAGAUGAGGAUGUCCAAGUUGUCAAUGGCUACUGCUGUGAUCUUGCUCCUGGUAGUGAUGGCCAUGGAGGUUGAGGGCAUUCGAUUGGAUGCAGAAACUCGCGCAGCAACCAGCAACCAAAUGGUCAAUAAAUCGACAGAGAAUGUGCCAAAGGAUUCCGGUGACUCACUAGGCGAGGCGAAGAGAAGCAUUGCUGGGAAUGAAGUUAGGGCUGUAGCACACAAGUUACCUGAGUUCCAUGAAGACUACUAUGGUCCCAGUGACCAUACACCUAGACACCACUGAAGAGAAAACAAUCUUUUUUUUUCUUCUUCUCAAUCUUUUUGUUCAGAAUAGAUUAGAUAUUAGCUAGUCAGCGGCUGCAGGUUGUAGUAGAUACUGAAUUUCAUCUGAGCUUAGUUAGUAAGCACAUGAUGGUAGCAACAUGUGAAUCUUUAACCUAUCUCUUUUUUCCCCUCCUUUUCACCUCAUUAGUGAAAAGGAGCGGUUUUCAUGUACUGACUUGUUGACAAUACUUGAAAGCAACAAUCUCAAGACGUUGUCCA